AUGGUAUAUACUAUUCUUGCUCUAAGUUGGUCCAACCUGUGGCAAGAUACACAAACAGGAACCCCUUAUUAUCGUAACCUCAUCUACACGCCGAACCGCGAAACUGCAGACCUCCUUUUCCGCAUCCUCAAGCAGUACGGGCCACAAUUCGCCAAAUCCAAAAUGUAUAUCUUCAAAAGGGCCUCGCCUCAAGUGUGGAUCUGGAACCGCUAUGAUGGCAAUUACAUCCCUCUCAUGGAUGCACUCAAAGAGGCAAUCAACGAGAUAAGCAACGGCUUAGCUCCAAUCAAAGACGAAUACAAGGAUCGUCUUCGGGGCCGCAUCAGUAUCGACUAUCGGGGUAGCUAUAACCAGAAUGAUACCAAUGUUCCUCCAAUUCCUCACUUGGAUAUGCCGGAUCACAUUACAGGUGGAGUCUUCUCUAUUCGUGACAAGAGCCAACCCCAACGCUACUGGGCCAAGCGCACAGCGUUUCCAGGAGAGGAAUCCAUUGAGCUAUCUACCUGCCGUAAAUCAAGGUUCCGAAUCGCAAUUAAAGGAAAUUCUGAUAGUGAGACGGUGAUGAUCUUCGACGAUGAAGUUUUCCUCGAGCUGAUAGAAUGGUCGAAGGAUGGGCUUAAGUCUCUCCCUAUCAACAUCGAUAGCUCGAAUGGUCUCUUGAAGGUACUUGAGGCCGGAGCAGAGCAUAAAACAUUUCCUUUCGGAAAACUCCUGGGAGGCGGGUUUAUCAGGGCUACACAUUAUCAGGAUGAUCACACCGAGUACCCAACAUGGAUCGGCGAUAAAUUUGAUGGAGGCGAUAGCUGGGAGUUGUGUUACUGA